AUGCCGCCUCCUCACUUUACUCCGACAAGCGCGGGGGCAGCUGGUGCAGCGCCGGCCCAGGUAGACGUUCCAAAGUCUAUACGGGCUGCACUCAAAGAGCUAUCCGUCCGUCUGAGAGCAGCCUUAGUGUCAGACGAGCAGACGUCUGCAACCGCUCUGCCUCUUGCGCUAUCAGCUAUACAGAGCUUACUCAACGAUCCCAAUCUUCCUCCUGCACCAACUUCCACCGGCAGCAGCAGCAGCGGCGGUGGCGGCGGCGGGAGCUCUGGCUCUUCUUCUGCGGCUGCUGUAGCAGCGGCAAAUAUAUCCACUGCUUCCACCUCUGGGGCAAACAACACAAACGCCCAAGCGGUUGCGGCAACAAAGGCACAGCUUCGAGCGCACCUGGCGAGCAAAGUGAAUGCUGAGCUGUUAGACAUUUACAAUGACGAUAUGGACCAAGAGGACCUGAAGAGCACGUCGAGCCUUGUGGAGAUCUUGCAGCGGCUGUCCCCAUUGCUGGGACCAGCUUGCAUAGUGCUCGAGUGGUGGGACCUGGUCUUGCGUCCCUUGCUCAAGAACCACCUGACAAGCACGCAAUGUGCUUCGCGUGCGCGCGAUCUGGUAGUGUUUGCCAUGGCAGCCACGCCGAGUGCAUCAUAUGUUGAUGAGCCAGAGCCGACUGCUGCCUGGCCGCCGAGGGAAGGACUCGAUGCUGCCCGGAAACGAGGAGACGCGCCUUAUCCCACCUCCUCGACGGACCCGAAUGAAGGCAGCGUCGCUGCUGCCAUUGAGAGGCGGGGGCCAAGUCGCGAGCGACGCAGCGCAUCCGGCGCAGCGGCCAAGUCGCACAGUGCGGACCACCUGAGGCGAUUUACACAACGCAUCUUUGACCUGUACACUUCCGAGGCUUCAGCGACAGCCAUUGGGCAGCGCAACGACGAUGAAGACGAGGCAAAAGAUGAACAAGAGGCCAAGGCUCAGACGUUGGCAGCUCCAGAGACAGAAAAUGUGGGCAUUGUGGACUCAGCAGCUACCAAGGUCCAACCCUGGUCCGGCGACCUCGACGCAGCGCCGCUCAUCGACGUCGUCGGAACCACUUGGAAGGGCAACUUGGAAACGAUCCUGAUCGCAUUCGGUUCGCUACGACCUAAAGAGCUCUUUCACCACCUAGCAGAAUCAUUCGACGAUCCUCUGGCUCGCGUUCCAAUUCUGCUUCUCCUGAGCAUUUUCUUGCGACUCUAUUCGAUGCAUGCUCCUCUCAUCACGCGGACGGCGCUGCCUCGCAUGCUCGUGCUUUCGGCUCAACUCGACACUUCUACCACUUCCACUGCGCUAUGCAUCACGGCGCUGGUGAUGCUUCUGCCGCACAUUGCCAAUUGGAUCGCGAAUGGAGGCGCAGGGGGCUUGCCAACGUUUUUGGCCAUCUAUGCCCGCGUCAUCGACUGGCGUAAGCUCGGGGUGGGCUGGGAAAACCGCACUGGUAGCGACGAUGGCAUGGAGGAGCUGCGCAGACAAUAUGAUGAAGAGUUUGCAGAAGUCGACCGCCUUGGCAAGCGACUACUGGCGCGGCCUGACCUAAAUUGGCGAAGGCUCGAAUCCUCUUUCGACACGGUCGCCUCGAGCCCUCCAAAUGCCGUGCAAUUCUUUACCUUCCUCUACGGAAUCUUUCCCUGCAACAUGAUUCGUUUCCUCAGAGCGCCCAUCGACUAUCUCCGCAAGGCUCAGUACGACUCACCCGUUGCGGGGUCUUGGGAGGACAUGAUGGAUGAGCUUGCCGUGCAGUCGCGCAGUGCACCCGUUCUCAGAGCGCAUACAUUGCAUCCCGCUCUAGUCUCGCUGUCUGCCGAGAAGGAAGUCAGCGAUACGCAAAGAUGGUUGCAGCAUGAGCCUGCGGACAUCACCGCUGAGUGCAUUAGCUUGCACCUCGGUGCGCGCCAUGAGGGGCACGCUGCAACCUCAGAGAGGCAUCCAUUGGGUCAGCUGCAAUUUACCUCCACUGGCACUGCAACUCCUGCGGCCUCUCGCUUUCAGUCCAGCAGAGGGUCAGAACACGCUGGCACGCCGAACUCCAAGCAGCUGCAUACAUUGGUUGGCGAUCCAAGCGGAUCACUCGCUCAAAGCAUUGCGCAUCGCCGGGGGUCAACGCACAGCUCUGGAGGCGGUCAUCAUGAGUUCUCGUUCGAAUCGACGCCGGACUCGCGCAUGCUUACCGAGUACGCCGCGCUGAGGUGGGCGGCGCCAUUGACAAGCACCGGCGCCCUGCGCCCAUUUGCCUUCGACUCGCCGACCGGGCUUCUGGCGUUAAGUCCUGCCCGCAGCAGCACCCUCGCUACCAGCGGAUUGCUAAGCAGAAUGCACCUCGGCGGCAGUCCGCAGACGAACGCCAAAUCGCGGCUGGGCAUUUCCGUGCCUCAAGACCCCAUCUCCAGCCCACCAUCGCCACUCACUCAGGUGGUCCGCCUACGUCGCGAGCGCUCCGCAUCCCACUCCUCUGCCACCUCGGUCCCGCCUAGCCUCGAAGGCGGAAGCCUUGGUGAGGCUUUGGGAACUGAACGGAUGAAGAGCCCGACGAGCGCCACCGCUUCCCCACUACUUCAAGCUGCGAGACCUGCCCGUUCCGAGGUCUACAACGAGCUGGCUUAUGCCCAACGAGAGAAUCUCUUGUUGCGCAACGAGCUCAACUUUGAGUUGUAUCUCAAGGAACAGCAUCUUAUCCACAUUGGUCGGCUUCAAAGUGAUCGCAUAGCCGACACGGCUCUCGAGGCUGAAAGACAGAAUCUCUAUCAUACCGUGAGGUCACUGCGAAGCCGAAUAUCCGCGACGAUGGCCGCGCAGGAGAAGCAGAGAAUGGAGGCUGCGAGCACCAAAUCGCGGCAUGCUGCGUGGGAAAGCGAGCUGAAUGCGAAGCUCAGGACUUAUCGCGAAGAGCGCAAGGUGUGGACCAAUGAGUCGCGCGAGCUUAGAGCUGCCCUGGAAGACGCUAGGGCUACCUCUCAAAGUCAAGCUCGUCAGCUUGAGGAGGACGCGAAAGAGUUGUUCGAACUGCGUCAGCAGGUCGAGGCAGACAGGAAGAAAGUCAAGCAGAUUGCAGAGUAUGAGGUCAAGAUCAGGCAACUUUCCAGCAUGCUGUCGAUGUGGGACGAGGAUGUUCGCCGAUAUGAUCAACAGCGACGCGAGAUGGAGCUUCUACUCUCACGCUGGCACGAGAUGGAGAUGAUGCUGCAAGCAUCGGAUGACGAUGCCGGAAAUUUGCGCAGCCUUUCCGAAUCACAAGCAGCUCGUAUUGAGACAUUGGACCGCGACCUUUCCUUAGUACGAAGCGACGCUAUUCGACUUCGGUCCUCACAGCACCAGGUUACGAGUGCGUCGCCACUUCGUCCCACACCAACUCGCGGCAAUGCGACUCGCGAAGCAGCGCUGGAAGCCGAGAAGACGCGGAUGCAGUCUCAAAUAGAAACUUUAGAGGCUCAAGCCCUCGACUUGCGCGUUCGGGCUGAGAGCGCAGAGGCUACUCUUGCGCUCAAGCUCAAAGCCUCCCCAACGACAUCGAAGGACCUUGAACAGCUGAACCCUGAACUUCAUGAUGCGGCGACAUCAUCAAGCCAUGCAGGGGACACUUGGAUUCAAGAUGCGCUGCACGCGCAGAUUCCCUUACUGAGUCUUGGCGCUAGUCAUAGUCAGGACGCGGUCACCCCAAGCGGCUUGACUGCUGCAGACCUCAGCACCCGUGCAGAAGAUGCGUCUAAAGGAGGCAGCGUCGCGGGAAAAGCUGACUUGUGA